AUGGAGAGACUCGGUGUCCACAGGAAGCGCCUCAAGCGAUCCAAGGGGAAGACGAAGCCGAUCAAGGUGGUGUACAUAGCGAACCCAGUGAGGGUGACCACCAGCGCCGCCACGUUCCGUUCCCUCGUCCAGAAGCUCACCGGGCGGGACGCUGACACGGCCGAGCUCGACACGACGAGCUGCUCUUCACCGUCGGAGCCUGCAGAUGAUGCCUCGACGGCGUCUGCGCCGGCCUCGGUCGCCAGCCCCGACUCCGGUGGCUCGGUCCCGUCAGAGCCCAGCACGAGCGGCGGCGUGCAGCCGGAUAACAGCCUGGUGGCUCCGGUGGAGGUGUUCGAAGAGGGCUUUGAUGCACAGAUGAUGGGGAGCUUUCCUGGCUUCAUAUCUUCGAUACUGUGUUAUGAGCCUCGAGUCGCAGGACUUGAGGGUUUCACUGAAGUGUGA